AUGGAUAUUGUCAGCGAUUUUACCGAGUUCUUGAGUAAUUAUCCUGAUAAUUUCACACGACAGAUAUCUGUUUUUCCUACUACUGUUGAUUUUCAUCCAACGUAUUUGAAUAUACCUUCGAAUUUUACCAUUUUAAUUGCAAAUCCUUAUCAUGAACCACAAGUAGUCAAUAUUGAAUUUAAUGGUGAUCAAAACUUUUCAACAUCUUUAUCUCAGUAUGUAAUUCAACCUGGAGAGGUAAGAUCUUGCGUCGUUAUAUUUAAAUCCAACCAACCAGGCAAAUUCAAAACAGUAAUGAAAGUCACUUCUGACAAUAAUUCUCCAUGUAUAGUUACAAUACAAGCGAAAUGUUACCAAUCACCGUUAAUAAUUCCAAUUGAAGAUAUUCAAUCAUACGAAUUUAAUGAUAUUUCAACAGAUUAUACAUUUACACUUAUAAAUAAAUCGAUUAUAGAUACUCUACAUGUCGUUAUAACCCCAAGUUCCCAAUCUUUUUCGUUAAGUAAUUCGGUGAUUGAACUAAAACCUCGAGAAUCUACAGAUGUUACGUUAAUGUUUAAUCCGAGGUCAGAAUCUAUAUUAUCUCAUUCACUUAAUAUUCAAUGUGCUGAAUCAGGAGAUUCAUAUGAUCUUGAAUUAUUUGUUGGGAGAAUAAGAAAUACAAUAACAAUCGAUUUCGGAAAUUCCAUUAUUAAUAAAACAGUCACAAAGAAAAUUAAACUUACAAAUUCUCUCCAACUUACAGAAGUCCAGCCUCCAUUUUCAAUUAAUUUUGAUGAAAAUUUAAACUCAACAGAGAUAACAAUGGAUGAUGAUGCUAAGGUAGAUGUAAUACUUAAAUAUUGUAGUACUGAAGAAGGAUCUCAUGCAGAAUUAGUAGAAUUUGAAGACUUUUUCUUAUUAUUGAAAGGCAAAUCAUUUAAGCCGGCCAUUUCGAUAGAAAAUGCUUCAAAUAUCCCUGGAUCUGCAUUAAUAACGAAUAUUUCAGAGAUAAUUCAAAAAUGUCGAAUUUCAUUUUCAGAAAACUUCGAAAAUUUCACAGAAUUCCAACUUAAACCAAAUGAAAUUAAAGAAAUUAAAAUGAAUGAUAUGCAAGAGUUAUUUGUUUCAUAUGGAAAUAACAAUGAAAUUAUAAAUGAUCAUUUUGAGUAUAAAACUCCAGAAACUCCACUUAAAGUUCAGAAGAAAAAGACUGUAUCUAUUUCAAAGAAGUCUGCUGUUAUACCAGUUACACUAAAUAAUGAUGGAAAUUCUCCUAAAAACGUCACAUUUCAGCUUGACAAUGAUGAUUUUGCUAUUGAUGACCAAUUUAAGACAUUAGUUAUUGCACCGCAUACGACACAAAGUGUAAAUAUUACUUAUACUCCCACAAAGUCAUUGAAAUCAAAAGCAUCACUUGAAUUAAUCGAUAAUUCAAAGAACAAAAUAACAAAACUAAAAUUAGAAGGUAAUUUGCAAUUGAUAUGUGAUAAGCCUUUUAUUCCAUUUUUUGGAGUUUCAAAUGAAAAUAUAAUUGAAAACGUUCUAACCGUUACUGGAUCAGAUGAAAUUAAUGUUGAUGCUCCUGAAUGGCUAGAUUGCCCAGAUACAAUCGAAAAGAAUCAUAAACUUGAAAUAUCAUGUGGUAUUAUUCCAGAUUCUUCAAUUGUUUCGAGUAUUACAUUCGCAUCAAAUAGUGCUGCUUCAAUAUCUGUCCCUGUUAUUGCAUAUAGAGGCUAUUCUGACCUUUCAAUUUCACCUCCAUCAGAUCUCGAGUACAAAAACGGUCUACUUCAAGCAACAGUUGAAGUUAUCAACAAUGGAAUAAGGCCUGGAUUCGUUAUUUUCACAGGAGAAGAAAAUACAACUCGUCAAAUUCAUGCAUCCCCAAGUUUGGCCAUUAUUCCAGCGGCGAAAAAGGUUUUAUUUAAGUUCAUUGUCGAUGAUGGAGAAGGAGAAGUUAAAGCAAUCAUGCAUUCAGGUGAUGAAAUUAUGAGGCAAAUAAUGUCGAUGCUAAAGCCCAAUUCCUUUUAUGCCACCGCCUUUUCUAAUGCCAAAAUUCGUGAUGAAAUAGCUUUAUUUAGAGAAAACAAAAAACUUCUAAAUGAAAAUUACUUUUCAAAAAUUUUCAAAAAAUCAAUUACCAAGAAAAUCAUUGUUUUCAAAGAGAAAGCUGAUGAAUUAGAUGAAACAGAAGUAUUGGAUGAAUUUGUUGAUGAGCCAUCUUUCGCCUUAUCCGAAACAAUUGUUGAUUUCGGAAACAUUCGUUUGAAAGAUGAAAAAGAAAUCAAAAUCACUAUAGAAAAUUUAUCCCUGAAACCAACGAAAAUCAAAUUUGACUGCAGUUGCAAAGAUAUAAAGCUUCCUAAAUACAUUAAUCUGAAGCCCAAAGAACAGACAAAACUACCAAUAUCAUUAUCUUGUUCGAAAGCCGGUUUGAUUGAUGAAGAAAUAGAAAUUUAUAAUGAUGUUCAAACAAUUCCUAUAAAAGUUUGUGCGGAAAUAGAGGAGCCAAUGGUAGAAAUCGAAACUCUGGACUUUGGAACUUGCACUAUAGGAAGACUAUGUAGAAGAAAUCUCAAAAUAUCGAACAAGAAGAAAGAAAAGGUGUCGAUAGAAGUAAGAACGAAAUCACCAUUCAAAAUUCCUGUAGAUUAUGUAGAAAUCGAAUCAGGAUGUUUUGUUAAAUUCCCUGUUCAUUUCAUUCCCAAUUCUAUUGGACAUUAUCAAGACAAACUUGAGUUCUCUCCUGAUAUGUCUGCUCCAUUUUCCGUUAUUCUGAUUGGAUCUGGAGAAAAUAAUUAG